AUGUUUUUGUACAGGUUUCAGUGGAAAAAAAUAAUAAAAUGGGUCCUGAUUGGAGUUUUACUCUUCCUCGUUUACAGUUUCUGUAGAAAGAUUUUAAAAGCAAAUCAGUCUGAAGAUGGUUUAGAAGUUUUAACUUUAAACGAAAAAAAGGUUCCUUGCUCUCUUCCUGAGUUACCUCUUUGGGUAAAUGAACAGCAAAAAAAUGACAUGCUUGCACACACCGCUAAAGUUGAUUGUUCUUCAAACCAAAAAGAUUGGUCCUACAUACAAAAUGGCAAGUUCUAUAUACAUGAUGAUGUUGAAAAGCAACACGGAAAAUUAUCCUGUCAAUAUCAGAAUGUUUUGAGACAGCUUUAUGACAUGGAGAUUACACUAUCUAAAUCAGAGUCCAUCACCAACAACACGCCCAUCCCUUCUGACAUCAUACACGUCAGAUGUGUGGGUGCAGAUGGCCAAACGAAUGAUAAAACAUACCUAGGGAUCAAACCAAUACCACAGGAACCUACAAGCAAAUUGCUGGAAAACAGAUUGAAGUUGGAAGGCCUUGGCCUCAACAUCAUCAUGUUUGGUUUUGAUACUGUUUCCAGAUUGAUGUGGAAAAGAUACAUGCCUAACUCUUACAGUUACUUUGAAAAAAUAGGCGGGGUAGUCAUGGAGCACUACAACAUCUUGGGAGAUGGUACGCCUCAGGCACUCAUCCCCAUCCUAACUGGCAAUACUGAAAUUGAGCUCCCCGAAGCUAGGCGGGGUUUUAAGAAGGCCAGGCAUGUCGAUGGUCAUCCGUGGAUUUGGAAAAAAUUACACGAGUACGGAUAUGCUACUCAGUGGGGGGAGGACGCUCCAUCCGUCGGCACCUUCACUCACAGGAUGCUUGGCUUCAAGGAGAAACCAGUACAUCACUACAUGCGACCAUUUUUCCUGAAACAAGGCGACGGAAUAUGCUUCGGCAAUCGGCCAUCCCACACCCUCUUCACUGACUAUCUCAAAGAAUUCAUCACGGCUUAUGGACCUCUGAGGAGGAAAUUUUCGUUCCUCUUUCACUCCAGCUACUCACAUAAUUCGCAGGACCAACUGUCCACUCCAGAUGAUGAUUUAGUAUCUUUGAUGGAUUGGCUCAACAGUACCAACGAACUGGAGAAUAGUCUGUUUAUUCUAAUGGCCGAUCACGGGCCUAGAUUCUCCAGUACUCGAGCGACGGAGCAGGGCAAAUAUGAGGAGAGGUUGCCCUUCAUGGGAGUCCGAGUGCCACAGACCGAGGAGUUCAGGUCAAACUUUCCAUUGGUCCAGGAAAACUUAAAAAGGAACUCGAAACUACUGACCACUCCUUUCGAUGUCCAUGCUACCUUUCAAGAUGUCCUAAAUUACAGGUCGACCCACAUAACGAAACGUCGACCAUACCAAAGAGGCUACAGUCUUCUACAGCGUGUUCCAGCAGACAGAACCUGUAACGACGCUAGCAUUGAUGCCCACUGGUGUACCUGCCUGAGAUGGUACAAAAUCUCAGUUAGUGAUGAAUUAGUGCAGAGGGGGGCCGGCCUGAUCGUCGACCAUGUCAAUAAUCUGACCAGUCCCUUUAGAGAUAUGUGCGCUCUGCUAACGCCCCACAAGCUAACUUCGGCCACGUUCAUUCAGUCGAACGGUGAGAUGUUGAAGUUUAGGGAGAGUUCAGACUCGGAUGGCAGAAUUCCUGAUAUGACUGAUCAGAUGCAACCUACCGUUAAGAUCUUCCAGAUCGUCCUAAGCACCCUGCCUAACUUCGCCGUCUACGAGGCCACGAUAAAGUACAGCUUAAAGAAUGACGACUUUACCAUCUCCACAUCCGACAUCAGUAGAUUGAACGCUUACAAGGAUCAGCCUAAGUGUAUCACUGAAAUGCACCCACACCUUAGGCCCUAUUGUUACUGCUUUUAA